AUGGAUGUCAAAAAUGCUUUCUUGAAUGGUGAUAUUUCUGAGACAGUUUAUAUGCACCAACCUCCGGGUUUCCGUGACAAAGACAAACCGGGACAUGUAUGUCUCCUAAAGAGGGCUUUAUAUGGGCUUAAGCAAGCCCCAUGGGCUUGGUAUCAUCGGUUUGCAACUUUUGUGGCCACUAUUGGUUUUUCUCACAGCAAAUCAGAUAACUCUCUUUUCAUCUACUCUCGUGGCAAGGAUGUGGCUUACAUUCUUCUCUAUGUCGAUGGCAUUGUCCUCACAGCUUCAUCCGAUGCUCUUCGGCUUUCCAUCAUGGGUAAACUUAGUUCUGAAUUUGCAAUGACUGAUCUUGGUCCUUUGCAAUCUUUUCUUGGCAUUUCAGUGACACGUCAUCUAGGGGGUAUGUUCUUGUCCCAACAGUCAUAUGCUAAGGAUAUUAUCGCUCGUGCCAACAUGUCCUCAUGCAAACCUUCGGCCACUCCCGUCGACACCAAGGCCAAGCUAAGUUCCACUUCCGGCCCGCCCAUUGAAGACCCCACCUUAUAUCGUAGUCUUGUCGGAGCACUUCAAUACCUCACUUUUACCCGACCGGACAUUUCGUACGCCGUGCAACAAAUAUGUUUAUACAUGCAUGACCCACGGCAGGAACACAUGCAUGCUGUUCGAAGGAUUUUGCGGUACCUUCAAGGUACCUUAUCUCACGGCCUUCACCUCUACUCUUCUCCCACAUCGAGUUUAAUCUCCUACUCUGACGUGGAUUGGGGGGGCUGCCCCGAUACACGCCGAUCAACUUCAGGCUAUUGUGUUUUUCUCGGCGAUAACUUGAUCUCAUGGUCCGCUAAAAGACAACCCACCAUCUCUAAAUCAAGUGCGGAGGCCGAGUAUCGUGGUGUUGCCAAUGUUGUAGCCGAAUCUUGUUGGCUACGCAAUUUACUACUCGAACUUCAUUGCCCCAUCAACAAGGCUACGGUUGUAUAUUGUGACAAUGUUAGUGCGGUUUACCUCUCCGGCAACCCGGUUCAACAUCAACGAACCAAGCACAUAGAAAUGGACAUCCACUUUGUUCGAGAAAAGGUCGCUCUUGGUCAAGUUCGUGUGCUUCAUGUUCCUUCGCGAUAUCAAAUCGCGGACAUCUUCACCAAGGGUCUACCGCAACUCCUCUUCGACGACUUUAGAAACAAUCUUGGCGUUCACAAACCUCCCGCUUAG